GUUUUCAUACACCAACUAUCCGAUACAAUAUGUCUGGUCUUGCGGACCCAGUGGCAUUCGCCAAGGAUUUCUUGGCUGGUGGUGUAGCCGCCGCAAUCUCGAAAACGACGGUUGCUCCUAUUGAACGUGUGAAGCUGUUGCUGCAGGUACAGCAUAUCUCUAAGCAAAUUUCUGAAGAGCAACGUUAUAAGGGUAUGAUUGAUUGUUUUGUGCGCAUUCCAAAAGAACAAGGAUUCCUCAGUUAUUGGCGUGGUAACUUGGCUAAUGUUAUUAGAUACUUCCCAACACAAGCUUUGAACUUUGCUUUUAAAGACAAAUAUAAGCAAGUUUUCCUUGGUGGUGUUGACAAAAACACACAGUUCCUGCGUUACUUUGUUGGAAAUUUGGCCUCUGGUGGUGCUGCUGGUGCUACAUCUCUGUGUUUUGUUUAUCCUCUUGACUUUGCCAGAACUAGAUUGGCUGCUGAUGUAGGCAAAGCUGGUGGUGAACGUGAAUUCACAGGUCUUGGUAACUGUCUGACUAAGAUCUUUAAGGCUGAUGGUAUUACUGGCCUUUACCGUGGUUUCGGAGUAUCCGUCCAGGGUAUCAUCAUCUAUCGUGCUGCCUAUUUUGGUUUCUAUGACACUGCCCGCGGUAUGCUGCCAGAUCCCAAAAAGACACCAUUCCUUAUUUCAUGGGGUAUUGCCCAGGUUGUCACAACUGUUGCUGGUAUUGUAUCUUAUCCAUUUGAUACAGUACGUAGGCGUAUGAUGAUGCAAUCUGGUCGCGCCAAAUCCGAAAUUUUGUACAAAAGCACUCUUCACUGUUGGGCUACUAUUUACAAGACAGAAGGUGGCAAUGCUUUCUUCAAAGGAGCAUUCUCUAACAUUCUUCGUGGCACAGGUGGUGCACUCGUAUUGGUACUUUACGAUGAAAUUAAGAAUCUUCUUUAAUAUUAUAACGAUCCUCACCUCAUUACCUUCACAACUACAAUUACAACCAUCUUUAUUAUCCUUACCAUCCAAUGUAAUGCCAGAUCAAGUGGUUUCCAGACUGAAACAGUACACAAGCUGUCGAGAAAAUUGAAAUACACUUUAGAUUAUAAUUCUUUUGGUAGUUUCUUAUGAAAUGCAUGGAGCUCGGCAGAGUAUGUAUUUUGACUUUAGAAGGAAAGAAUUCGCUUAAUUUAUUGCCGGAUUCAGUAUUUUCUUGAAAGAGUUCACAUGUGCCAUAUUUCAUAUUUCAUUUUCGUAAAAAAAAAAA